AUGAGUACGCCGAAGAUACGGGGGAAGUCCGGCAUACACAUCAACGAUGGUAUUAUCGGUCCGAGCGCAUCCGGUGCGGCCGUCAGUGGCGUUGGGUCCGCACACAACGCACUGCUCAAGAUCGAAUCGGUCGUGCCGAAGCUCACGACCCGCGGUACAAACGGGCCGGGCACGAACAUUGUGCUAGCGGCCGGCCAUUCCACUCGCCUGCGUACGUUCCAUCGGUCCCACAGCACGCUUAGCUCGUCGUACCUGCGCAAGGUGACUGCUGCCGCUGCGGCUGACUACAACCGCCAGCAGCGCAUCCAUCCGGGCCCGAUCCGACCGGAACCGAUCUGCGAACGGGGCAGCUAUGGACCGUCGCCGCCACCGCCUGCAGCGGCACCGCCACUCUCGCAGGCACUGCUCGACACGACCGGCCAGCAGCUGCUGGCCGGGUACGCGGAAACACCCCCGCUGGACAGUACGCUGAUCGUGCAAAACGGCGUGCCGAGCAUACGCCGAUCGCAGAAGGAUCGCGAAAAGCACCCGGACCGGGUAAAUCUCGACCGGAAAGGGCUCAGCUCGAUACCGCUCAUUGAGGAUGAACCGAACCUGCGGCUGCUCUCGCUACAGCACAACCUGAUCAACGCGUUCCACAUCCCACCGGAAGCCGAUCCGAACAACAACCUGCACCACCAUGGCCCCCCGAUAGCCGGUGGCCACUGUGUGAUCAACGGUGGCGAGCUGAAGCCGGCUAACGCCGCACUCCCCUACCCAGCCAGCAGUCCACCCACCCCGACCAAACCCUCCCCCAGUGGCACACCAACCAAUGGGCCGAUGGUCACCGCUGGCCCUCCAGCGCCAUCGUCCUACGGCACUACCAAACCCUCCGCCAAACAGUUCCUGCGUCAGAAGUCGACGUCCCGCGGUCAACUGCUGAUGGGCACUAAUCUCGCUUCGCUCGGACCACCGGGAGUGUCCGGAACCGGUGGCGGCCCGGUUACGGGAAGCUUCAUCCAAAGCAAGAUAACGAUCGGUACCAAACAGUCCGGUUCGCAGACCGCAUCGGCACAACCGCAGCAAACACAUUCGUCCACCAGCACCGGCCCAAUGUCCGGUGUCUCACCGCACCUGCAAAAACCCUCGCCCCACACACCGUCAUCCUCCACGGCACCGAUCGCCAUUACGGCGCAUCAGAAAAGUUUGCUCAAAAAGUCCAACAGCUUCAUCGGCGGCCCGAGCAUGUUCCUUACCGGUGGUGCGAACGGGCAACCCACUGCCGCCGGUGGGCCAUCGAACGGGAUGCUGAAAAUGCGCGCUGGUAAGCUGCUGCUCGUACCAUCGUUCAGCAUCGACAACCUGAGCAACAUUACCGAACUUCCGCCUGCCGGCAGUCCGGCCGGGGAGCAGGAUUACUUCAACGGCCAUUCCAGCAGCAAUGGCAGUGCGACCAACAGUGGCAAAACGACCCCAACAAACAACGGCCAGUGUACGCCCUCGGCGGAGAGUGUACUGCCGGCGAACUGUGCCACCCUACUGACGCGCUACAACCUAAGCAAUCUGGUGUUUCUCGAUCUGUACGACAACCAGAUCGAAAAGAUCUCCUGCCUGGAUGGGCUCAAGAGUUUGACGGUGCUGCUGCUCGGCAAAAACCGCAUCAUCGACAUCGGUGGGCUGGUGUCGCUCAAGAGCACGCUGCGCGUUCUGGACCUGCACGGCAACAAGAUCAGCAACAUUACCGGCAGGAUCAGCCAGCUGCAGGAGCUGAAGUCGCUCAACCUUGCCGGUAACGCACUACGCCAAAUACAGACGCAAGAUUUCGCCGGUCUGUUCAGCCUGAAGGAGCUGAACCUCAAGCGGAACCGCAUCAAGAAGAUAUUCGGAUUCGACGAUCUGCACAAUCUCGAGCGGCUCUGGCUGUGUCACAACGAUCUGCAGUGCGUGGAGGACAUGUCGGCGAUCGCGAAAGCGAUCAACCUGAAGGAGGUCACGAUCGAAAACAAUCCCGUCUCGCUGGCUGGCGAUUGUGUUUCCUUUCUGGUGAGCUACCUCCCAGGGCUGGUGUCACUCAGCCAGAUGCAGAUUACCGAGCAGGUGCGCCGCGCUGCCUCGGCCUGGCGCAAAAACAAGGAACUUUCCGAUAGCAAAUACUCCAACCUGUCGUCGGACGUGUGUCAAAGUAUGCGGCGCGAGGAAAUCAUUUCGAAUGCGCGCACCAACUGGGAGUUGCUGCGAUCGCAACAAUCGACCGUCAUUGCGCGCGGUGCACAACGUCUCACUGCCAAUGGGACCAUCCCGAAAGAUGCCGACCUGUUGCUAGACACCACCGCAGGCACCAACGCACUCCUAACGGAGAACGGUAGCCCGGCCGGUGCUGGAGGUGAAAAACUAGCGCGAACGAAAGGCAAUGCAGCGAACGGGACGUCACAGGGUGUUCCGGGUGCCCGACCACUUAGAGUUGCGAAUGGGAAAAAGGCGACCAACCGAAAGCCAUUGGUUCGAUCUUCCUCGCAAGACAACUCCAGUUCGCAAGUUUCCGAGCAGGGCGGUGAGGAGUACUUCCGGUUGCCACCAAUUCUGGCGCCUUUUCUGGAACAAUCCACUACCAAGUCUGGUGAGGGUGAAGGUUCCGUGACGUCGGGUGUCGGUACGCACGCGGAUUCGAGCGUAUCCAGCGGGUUCAGUUCCGACAAUGAGGAACCGCUUAAUCUCGAGAAGGACAUGGACAAACAGACAACGCUGGUAGCAUGCAGUGCGAACUCCACUCCGGAGAAGGAAUCAGACACCGAUCGGGUGGUGCCCGCAACGUCAGCAGCUUCCGACAUGGUAGACGACAUUGCAGAGAAGAGUGAACUAGCCGUUACCAGUGAUCUUCCCGCAUUGGAGGAAUCACCUCCACAAGUCGAUGAGGUUAAGUUCCCUUCGCCUACGGAUGAACAACCACCGCCGGACACUAGUCAGACAACGGACGAAGCCAACCUCGACAAAUUGUCCACCCUGUCGACGCUCUCGACCAAAAGUGCCUCCGAGUCGGUCAUUACCAUCGCUUCCUCGAACUCCGAUUCCACCGGCUCCACGACGGACUCUGCUGGGAGCAGUUCGGCCGGUGGUGUCGGUAGUGGCGGUGGUAGUGGUGGUGGUGGUGGCAGUGGAAGUAGUACGAGUGGGCACACAUCUUCCAUAACCACCGAACGAGGCCGAACGCACAAAACGAAGCUUAGCACCCCUAUCAAGCGGUACGGCACUGGAACCCUCUCCCGGACGCAUACCGCCCGCAACACCACGCUCCCCUCGACCGCAAACAGUUUGACCAACUCGUCCAACCUUGCCAACGCUUCCAACGCUGGCACACUCGCAGCGCCCAGCACGGGCGGUGUUAGUGGAGCGUACGCCGGAAUUCCCAGCAGCAAUUACGGUCCGCCCACCAUCAGCACCGGCACCGGCAAGUCGGGCAAAUCGGGCGAACGCGAACGUGAACAGGGUGGUGACUAUCUGAUCGAGAUCUGUGGCCGCUACCUGAACGUGUACGGGCUCGGUGCGCUCCGGUUCAUCGACAAGCAGUGGAACAUGCAGAAGGCGUGCGACGUCCAUACGGUGAAGUUCAGCUACAUCAACUUCAACAGCAUCACGGCCAUCCUCUGCCGGAUCAAGGUGCGGUUCGUGAAUGCGGAAAAUUUCAUCUUUCGCGAAACGAACAUUACCUGUCUCGGGCAGAUCAAUGCACUCGCCGAAAGUCAAGGCAUCGCGUCACUGACGAUCGACCCGGAGGGCAAUCCGUUGGCGUCGCGGCCCUGGCGCAGCUACGCCAUCUACCGGCUGUCACACUGGGGCCUGAAGCAGGUGAACGGGACCGAGGUGACGCCCGAGGAGGUGCAAACCGCCGAGGCCACGUACGCCGGCCUGUCCGAUCUGGUGCUGUGGUCCCUCCCGGAAGGGCUUCUGCAGCCGUUGCUGCAGCGUUUGCGGCUCGAGGAGACGGCACACGCCUCCAAGAUGACGGCCAAAGAGUGGCUAAUGCAGGCGGACCCAUCGCUCAAGAACAUCGUCGGCAAGGAGGCCCUACAGUGGAAGAAGCACAGCACCACCCAGGACGAUACGGUGAUGCGGGCCAAGGGCAAAGCGUACUUUGCCAAGAUGCUGGAAAACACCUGCAACGCGGUCGAGAAGCUGCAGCGGCUCGAAACGAUGUGGCCGGUACUGUUGCUGGAGAUGAUCCGCAACACGCUGAUCGACUACUCGCAGAUUGACGUGUACGUCAAGGGGAUGCUGGUCGAGCUGCUCAAGUAA